UAAAAGUUUUUAUUUUUCAACUGAUUAGAACAUAGCCUUUGUUUGAAAAAAAAAUGGAAUGGAGGUAACACACACAUAAAUAAUCAGAAAACAGCUGUUUUUUAUUAUCCCUUCUCUACUAAAGAAGAUUGUGCGCCAAAACAAAUCGAAGUACAUAGUUAUUUGGCACAUAAAUGUAUUAUGUUGCGAAAUAAUCAAAAUGUGACAUAUCAAAUAUUGCGACAGUUUGUUGCGAUGAAACAAAGAAAUUAUGCGGUAAAAUCACGGCAGAAUAAAAAGACAGAAGUCCAAACCCCAAUAGAUAACUCUAAAGGACUAGAUGUGCCUGUAGAGGAAACUAUAAACGCCCACUUUUUAAAAAGUCAAAUAGGCUCUACCCAUGGUAAAUGGAACAGCGUACUAGACAAAUAUCCGGAAUUGAGAGCAAUAAAAAAACAAGAUGCCGUUAAUACAGCAAAAGCUUUAAAAAGAUUGAAUUUCGAUGCAGAAAACAUUCUCCAAAAGCCGCUUGUAUUGCAUCAAAAUGCGCUUACAGUGGAGAAUCGCUAUGAAGUUCUGCAUGAAUGUGGUUUUCGACCCAUCACACUUUUAUUGCUAUCAAAAUUUGUAACUGUCAUUAACAAAACUGUUUCUAUGCUGAAAUCUUAUGGUUAUAUUCCAUUUGAAGUGAACGUGUUGGCGAACUUAUGUAAUACCUUUAGUAAGGUGGAAUUAUCUGCCAAAAACCUUAAAGAAUUGAACGACGGUAUGGAUAUAAAAUAUAUGCGAGAAUGCAUUCUAAACGCCUAUCUCCGGCAAGUUUUAGACAUGGACGAUAAUGAUAUUAAAAAGCUGUGGCAAGUGUACUACCGUGUGCGGCACCGUAGUUUCAAGUCCGUUCAAUCAGUAGUAGAGUUACUACUCGAAGAGCUAAAAUUUCCGAAAGAACGUAUAAUAAAAAAUGCUUUCUUACUACAUGGUGAUGCCGAAAACAUGAGUAGGAUAAUUAAUGAAAUAAAACGAAUAGACGGGCAAGAUAUACAUGAAAUUGUAUAUCGUCGCCCAAAGAUUUUAAUGUCUUCUUGUGAUGGGUUAUUAAAAACACUUGAACACGUUAAAGCCUUCGGCAUACAUGAAUCAGCAAUAACAAAAUGUUUAGAAAUCCUUACACUAGGUCCUGAUACAGUACUUGAACGUCUGAAAGACUUAAAUUCUAUAGACGAAUUCAAAGUUUUGGGUACCAAUCCACGAGUGUUACGUCUAGUACAUUAUCAAAAUAAAGCUCGUUUACGUUUAGAAUACUUGAAUCAACUUAAAGUGCGUUGUGCCUCGCUACAUAUUUUGUCUGGGGGAUCGGAGAAGUUUGCUAAGUUUGCACGUGAAGGUUUAGAUCGCACAAAAGGCCGAGAUGUUGUAGUUUACUUGGCAAAUAUAAUGCAGAGAGACGAAAAUUAUAUACGUGCCCUCCUUUCCAGACAUCCCAAUUGGUGUCAUAUACCAGUGUUGCAAGUUAAGCAAUGUUACGACUUUUUGCGCUCAAAAAAAUUUCCAAUAACUGCAAUUUGUAAUAACAUACACCUACUUUUAUAUCCAAUACAGCGAAUUGAAGAAAAACUUAUCGAACUUCAUGAACCAGAAUGUCUUGAGGAAUUACAAUUGCCGGUGAACAGCAUUUUUGAUUUGGAUAACAAUGAAAUGCUCACACUUAUCCUUUAUUUAAUCGAGUGUGAAUUCCACUUUACUGGAGAUGGCAUAUGGACGGAACAACAAACACAACCUGUUGAAAAUUUUAACAACCUCCUCCCCGAUUUUCCGGAGAGUUUAAAUAAAAUCUACAAAUAUGGGAUGAAGCCCAGCGGAGCUAAUCAUUCUUCAACUCAUAGAACUGAGGUAACCGUUGCACAAAAUUGAUGCGACAUGUUUAGUGAUGAAUUGUUAUAACUUCCUAACAAAUACAGUUUUAUUAAAAUCUUAAAAUGUAUAAAUUGAUCACUGAAUUAUAAAUAUUUGAAAUUAUGUAAAUAUAAUGUAUAUGAAACUAUUUCCAUAUCGUGAGAUAUAGAAGUUUUGCAAUAGAA